CUGAUAUUAAUAGGAUAUCCGUGAAUUCGACCAGGUUUUAGUGAAAGACCGCUGUUAGUGUGAACGAACCUUCGAGGAUAGCGGGAACUUCUUGUGAGGCUUCACUGUAGAAGCUUCGCAGAAAAACGUUAGCAGAUUUUGCAAGAGAUUUCAUUCACAGUCAUUUGCAGAACACUAGGCCAAAAUGAAAAGACUACUUACACAGCGGUGUAUAAAUUUUCAAAUCAGAUACGAAGCAUGGGGCUCUCGGCGUCAUGAAGAAACUGACCGUCGGGCGUUGAAACUUUGUGGUCCGACGUGUUGCCGAAUGUUUGUCGUAAGAAUAACGUUGGAACGUUGAACCUACGUUAAUGUUGUGUUCAACUGGCUCUCGGCAUCCAUGCUCUCCACUGCAUGAGCAUCAUUCAUCGAGAUAUCAAAGCCGAAAAUAUUCUCAUUGAUGUACAAGAGAAUGUGCGGAUCGCUGAUUUCGGCCUCUGUUAUAUACAAGAGAAGCCCUUGGAUUUGGCGGGAACCAUCCAGUUUAUGGCGCGCGAGAUGCUACACAAUGUGAAAAAUUCACGUUCUAUGGAAUAUGGAUUCACUGUGGACUGGUGGACUUUCGGAUGCGUUCUUUACGAGCUUGUCUCUUGUAAUCAUCAGGCACUCUUUGCUACUGAGGAGGCCGUUAUAGACUAUGUUUCUUGGCACAAGCAGCCUGACAUAGUCAAGUUGUUUCCUGCAUUUGACAAACUUGAUCCAUCUGUGGCUUUUUUGGUUGCAGGGACCUUUGGCACUGAGGCGAUAUGGAUUUAAAGACCUCGUGAUGUACCCAUGGUUCUUAAAUCAUGGCGUGUCAGGAUUUUAUGACGCGUCCAAUCGUGCUCUUCGCCGUGCUGAAUAGCCAAAUAUGCGACCGAACUUGCACGAGGGACAGACUCAAGCAGAUAUCCUGGCACCCCUACCCGCUUGGCCCAGUGGCUGUCGGUCACAACACUUU